AUGAUUUGGAAUAAUUUUGGAAUGGAUGAACCUUGGGGUACAAAUAAUUUAUCUGAUACAGAUACUUCAUUGGAUAGUUUUGAAGAUAAUUUUGUUACAAAAGAGCGUUUACCAGAUUCAAGGCAGUACCUGGAAGGAUUAGCCAAACUUAAAAGUAAAAACAUUAAAGAUAAAGAACUUUUACCAGCGUUAUCAAAAGCGAAACAAAGUCAUUUAGAAAGAUUAGUUGAUAGUAAUUCUACAACAAUAUUAAAUGAUCUCGAUUUAGAUCAGCCUAUUGCAUCAUCAACAUUGAAAACUUAUUGUCUCAUAACAGGAGCAUCUCAAGGGAUCGGAAGGGAAAUUUCAAUACAGUUUGCGAAAAAAGUUGCCGAUGGCUCGACAUUUUUACUUCUCGCAAGAAAUCUAAACAAUCUUAAUGAAACUAAAAAAAUGAUGAAUGAAGUUAAUGAUAAAAUAAAUGUUUUUGUUCAUUCGUUUAAUUUUUACGAACCGAUCAGCUUCGAACUACACACCAUAAUUAAUCAGUCAUUGGAUGCAUUUAAAAAAGAUGUCGAAGAUUUCGAUUUAGCAAUGAUUGUUCACAAUGCUGGAUCUUUGGGAGACGUUUCGGAAUUCACAUACGAUAUGAAAAACAUAGAAAAAUUAACAAGUUAUUUUAUGCUUAAUUUAUUUAGUGUUUGCAUAUUGAAUGCUGAAUUUGUAAAAACGUUCGAUGCGGAUAAACGACAACCGGAUUUAAGAUUGCUUAACAAAGGUUGCGAUAUAUGCGUCGUCAAUAUCACGUCUUUAUGUGCAAUCAAACCAUUUGCUUCAAUGGGAUAUUAUUGCGUUGGAAAAGCAUCCAGAGAAAUGUUUUUUUCCGUCAUGGCGGAAGAAAAUAAAAAUUAUCUCGUUUUGAAUUAUUCUCCCGGUCCAGUACUCACCGACAUGACUGAUGAAAUAAUAUCGAAUAUUAGAAACGAAGAAGUCAAAGAAAUGUUUACAAAAAUGAAAAAAGAUUCGACGAUAUUAAGUGCUGAAGAAAGUAUAGGGAAAUUAGUUAAAAUAUUACAACAUAGAAAUUUUAAAUCUGGCGACAGAAUCGAUUUCUAUGAGACUUAA